AUGGUCUUCAUCAAUGUCUCGACGAUAUCAACCGCCAUGGAACGAUCCCAGCUCCGAGACGUGGCCCGGCCCAUCCAACCGUCCGCGGACCAGACUGGGGCGAUGCGAUCGAGGUCACUGGCUGCGAACAUUAUUAUUUGGUCGGAACGCACUCGGAUUGCUCCAGGAACAAUGGCAUUGUCUGACACGAGCCGGACGAUCAGCAACGGGUAUGCGGCCCCGAUGGAAGCCCGGACCAGUCCCAUGCCUCGGAUGAUGCGUGGACGCCUUGAGCGUGAUCCUGGUCCUGAACACGGCACAGUACGUGGUCAUCGUCGAAUCGUCAAAGCUCCUGCCACGCAACCGACAUGCGAAGGCGGAGUUCCUGCCACGGUCUACUAA